AUGCGUCGCGACAUCUUCACGAUCCUUUGGGGAUCGUUGAUGACGCUCUCUUGGUUUGGAGGCGUCGACGCAUUCUCAUGGGGUGGCGAUGGAGGCGGUUCGAAAUUUCCCCGAUCCUUGGAAGAACACAUCGUGGAACCCUCGGUUGCGAUCCAAGACAGAUCACGCUUACCGAACGUUUACGCCGUUGCCAUGCAGGAACUCCAAGAGUUGGAGUCUGAACCUUUAUGCCAUCGCAUCGCUGCCCGCCUACUGGUCAACAACUGUCAGCUACUCGACGGCAAAGAUGAUGCUACCGUUCUCACAGAUAGUGGUAGGCAGGUUCGCGACUUUGUUGAUUCGUACGCCGCUAGUCUCGCCAUUUGCGACCUUGAAAGAGGCAGCUUCGUCAUCCCCUCCAGCUGUGCGCCAUUCCGAGAGCACUCUCUGGCCAAAAUACCAGAUUCGAGCAUCCCUCGCCUCCACGCCUCCCCUCAGCAGAUCGACUCGUGUCUUUCAGGACUGGCCAAGUCCGACUCGGCAUGGAAUACUUGGGUCAGUUACCGUCACAAGGCCUUGAGGUUCUGUGAAGCUGCCCGUGCGGACAAUGAAAAAGAAGUUCUCUCCAAGCUUUCUGAGGGAGUCGAACAGGAGCUCGAGGAUAAUCUUCAAGCCAUCAAUACCCGAGCAACCGAAACAACAGAACAGUUACGGCGCAUGGUGCCUGAGAUCGAACAACUACGAAAUAGGCUCCAGGACUUAGACCGAAAGAUAUAUCAGGAUGUUAUGCAGGCAUCUCAGUUCAUGAUGGGAAUCUGGCUGACAAGAAAGGCAUCGAAUGCUGUGAUUAGAGACGGCUUUGAAGAUGCUCAGAACCUACAACAGCUGUUGAAUGUUCUUCUCAAGACGGUUGUGAGAAGCAAUGCGGAAGUUGCGGCAUCUCAAGAGGUGGCAUUGGCGACUUUCAAGGACCGCACGGAUUCUGAGGUUGCAUUUGUCAUGGCUGCGCUUACAACAGCUGCAGCGUCUUCCGCUUCCCUCCAGAGUCAGAUAGUGGGUGCACUUGAAUCCGCCGAGAUCGUACACUAA